CUAAUAAUGGUAUGCAUAUGCUGACAAUAUUGUUAUAAAAAACGAGCUCUAAAGUGUAUCUACUCGUCGACGUAACCAACAAAAAUUGUUCUUUGUUAUUGUUUUGAGAACUUGAAAGUUAAAUUCGUUUCUCUCGAUACUUAACCGUCUGUAUAUUGCGUUGACCGCCAGCGCCGUGCCAUGGACACUGAGGCCCACAUUUCGGACCUAACCAGCGUCUCCUUCCCGGAUUUCGAGACGAAAAGCAGCCAGGAAAACAAUUGCGGUUCCAAAAGCAAUGAACUGGGCACAUCCAGCGAUGCCUGCUACUUCAGCAACUACGAAAACUAUGGCCAGCCGAAACAUGAUCAUGAUAUAACCCUGGACCUGUCCCUGGGCCAGAAGUCGGAGAACAUUUUCGCUACGGACCAAACGCCCACGCCGACGCGCCUUAUCAAAAACUGUGAUGAAGUGGGCCUUUUCGAAGACCUGCGUCACGUGAAUCCAUUCGACAUAGGCUUCCAGCGUGCUGUGGAGCAGAACGGAGCAAGCUCAGUUGCCACAGUACCAGCAACGCCCACUACCACAGAUGGCGACCUGCACACGCCUCAGGUGUAUCCGCUCGACAAUGAGAACCAGGCGAAAACGGACGCCAAUAGUCCACUCGACGUGCCCAAUGUAGAGGCUCUGCUCGCCACAACGCAAGCAACAAGAACAGAGGCUGCCAGUUUGGAUGCGUCCCCCCACAUCACAGCAGCCGGCCAGACAAUCCAGCAGGCUGCACCCUUGCAGUUGUUCCAGCCACAAAUGAUCACUUGGGUGCUGCCUGCACAGGCUGUGUCCGCCACCGCAGUUACUGUGGAGCCCACCCCAGCCAGAAUGAACAAAACCUUGACCAGUGCCAUACCAAUACAAACAGUGCGUCCUUUCAUAUUGCCGAAGCCCAAAGGCAUCACAACGCCACUGACAACUAGCGCCGCUGUGCCGACGACAGCCAGCAAACCCCUGCCAGCUAUUUUCGUGCCCAGCACACCGCAGCCUCAUGAGCCCAGCAGCGCCAGUCUGACGCCCACCUCACAGCUGCCCAUCAAGGAGCGGCUCAAGGCAAUCCUGAAUAGCAACAGCAAUAGGAAUAGGGAGAGCACUUACGUGGCAGCCAAGACAAAGCUUCCCAAAUCCAAAGGAGCCCCCACACGCACCGAGGAUUGCAUGGAACGGCGACGAGCGGCUGCCUCCAGGUAUCGUAACAAAAUGCGCAAUGAACACGCCCAAUUAAGAGUGGAGAACCGCAAGCUGCGGGAGCGAAUUGCCGAGUUGGAACAGGCAUUAAAGAAUAGCAUUAACAACAACAGCAACAAGUGCAAUACAGGCGUUGUGCCCCAUCAGAUUCAAAUACCGCCGUCCAGCAUUCAUCUAGUAAUCAAUGUGCCUAAAAUGGUAGUGUCUUCUAGUGUGCAGCAGCAACCGGAGACCCAGCCCCAGCAGAACCAUAGAUUGAUAGAAAACCCUUGUGGUGCCUCCAGCUCAUAGAUCGAUAUGUGAUAUGUUAAAUAUAUUUUUAAAGCCCACCCGCUUUUUAGUUUACUUAGUCAUGUUACAAUUUUAACAAAUCUGUAUUUUCAUAUUUCCUUUAUAUAAGACCUUGAUAUAAGAUUAAUCUAACAUGUACAACUACAAGCCUUACGGGUUUCCCCCUCUUAUCCUAGCUACAAAAAAUGAUAAUAAUAUUAAUGCACAUUUAUGUAUUUAUCUAAAUUUAUAGUUAUAGUACACUAACAAAAGGUUCUCUAUGACAAAAGAUAUUAUCUAGCUUAGACUAUAAUUUGUA